AUGAGUGAGAGGAAAGAUUCCGAAUCCGAAAAAGGACGAUUCGGUUGGACGGUGAUCGAUUCUUGCGGUAUACCGCACAUUUUUCGACCGGACGGUAUAUAUUGUGCUUUACGUACCCUGGAAUACGGGAAAUUUACUAAAAUGCCUUAUUUCGUUAAAAAAGAAUUAUUAUCCUGCACGAACAUCGAAUAUUUCCAUGCAACGGAAAUUGAAUUGAAACUAUUAAACACAAUAAAUUUCAAUCACUGCGAUUCUCAAUACGGUAUAAAACAAUUCGAUUACACGGAUUUAUUGAUGAAUAUUACAGACGCCGAACCAACGUGCAAAUUUCUUCGAAUCUGUUGCAGCAAAUUAAAAAAAAGUUCGGAAAUCGAUAUAUCGAAUUAUUGCGGUUUUCUAAGAAUGAACAAGGUAUCUUUUUUACCUUACAGUGUACAGGAUAAUAAAAAAUGCGUACCCAUGUUUUAUUUCGAAGGCGAGAUGGAAUACCUGCAAAAAUAUGCAGUAAAAAUGGAAGGUUGGAAUUUGUCUUAUCUCAAAUUUUGCUGCAAGAUCCAAGGAGUAAACAACAUCCUUUUGACAGGAGAUUCCUAUUACGUAGUACCCCUGGACGAUCUCAAGAAAUGCUUUCCGGAAAACACGAAGUUCGAGGAAUUUUGGCCGCACAAAGCGUCUCCGAGUAAUAUAAGACAAUACGAAACCGAUUCGUUGAACUCCCUAUUUUUCUUUUUCAAAGAAAAACCAACGAAACGUACGAUGGAAGACGUUCCGAAAGAGUUGGCGAUCGCGCCAAAGCAAAACAACUACAGAAGGAACGUCCAUUACAUCGGUCCUCGUUACAAACAUUCCUUUUAUUAUUUCCAACAAAUAAAUUUGUACGAUCGAAUGAUCAAUUCGAUCAGUAUGAAACCUAACGACGUGUUCGAUAGGUGGGUGACGUUGGAGGAUUUGAGCCGAAUUUAUUUUUACAAUUCAUCUAUAGCGUUGUGCGAACAAGUCGUUCGUUCUUUGAAGAUAGAAAUUCGCAAAGCGAACGUCCUUUUGAAUAAUAUUUUACAUAACGCCGGUUCCUACGAUAUUAACAAUAAUAUGCAUUUAGUACCGUUGGAAAAAAUAUUGAAAUACUGGCCGCAGAUCGAUUACAUGUUGAAGAAUGUCCCGACGAAUAAAACCAUCUAG